CUGCAGAAAUGUCGAGGUCUUCUUAUCAUCCAGGAGCUAACCUAAACCCAGCCGAGGACUACAGAAGGGGGAGAAGGAUCAUUGCUGAAGAUCCAGACUGGUACCUGACUUUAGUGCCUUGCUUAUCAAAACUGUGUCUGCAAAGCAUCAUUAAAAACUUUGAAGUGAGGCAGAUAUUCGAAGAGCUUAAACCCAGCGAGAAAGAGUUUGUGCAAGAAGGACUGUCUACUUCCCUGCCCCUGGAUGUGACCGCCAACUGGAUCACAGAUGGAGUUUACUGGAAGCGAUGCUGUGAGGGGCGGUGGGACCUUUGUGAUGUCUCCCAUUAUGGAAACAGCUGGAAGCGAAUGUUUUUUGAGAGGCACAUGGAGAACAUUAUUGAGCUUUUUAUUCCAGAGGUAACAGAGACAAAUAAAGUUCUGGAUUUGGUGCCAAUUUGUAAGAAUUAUGUCAAGAGGCUCGACAUUACCCAGCUCCUACCACCUAUCAAGGAGCCACAGACAGAGGAAGAGGAAGAUGGCUUGGAGUUGUUAGGCAAUAAUGAAGGACCAUCCAUUGACCACUUUAACUUUAACAUCCUGCUCAGUAAGCUGACAAACCUGGAAGAGCUCCAUUUGGUUUAUCGGGUCAAGCAAUGUGGAAUGAACUUUGAAUGGCAGAUGUUUGAGAUGACUGACCGAGAUUGUGUGUCCCUUGCAACAGCCCUUAAGUCCUGCAUGACUCUAAAGCUUCUCAGGCUCCAUGAAAGUCACAUUGAUGAUAAAAAGUGCCGCCUGCUGGUGAAACACCUUUUGGACCAUCCGUCCCUGAGGAAGCUGGACUUUUCUUACAACCUGAUCGGAGACAGAGGAACCAGAGCCGUCGCUAAACUACUCGCCAGGAGUAAACUGGAGACCCUGAACAUGUGCUGCAAUGAAAUCAGAGAACAUGGAGCCAAAGCUAUAGCUCAUGCCUUGUCCAACAACUCCACCCUUUUGUCUCUUAACCUGCGUCUGAACCGUUUGGGGGACGAGGGGGGUCAGGCUAUUGGGAAGGCCUUGCUGAACAACGACAACAACACCCUUCUUCACCUGCACCUGGGAGGCAAUACGUUGACGGCACCAACUGCCAUCGCACUUGCCAAAGUGAUUGCUCAGAAUAAAACCUUAAAGGGCAUCAAUCUCUCCUGCAACAACCUGGGUGUGGCUGGAGGAAAAGCUCUGGAGGAGGCGAUGUCUUACAACACCAAUAUAACAGAGUGUGAUAUCCGUCAGACAGAGGUGGAUGAGCAGAGUGUUUCCUUCAUAAACCAGGUGGUUUGGAACAACAAGAGUUCAGAAAAAAAGAAAAAAACUCAAGAGAAUAAAUCCAAAUAGACCUAAACAGCUUUAUUUUUGUAAUAAAAACCCAUCUUAAUCAAGUUUGAUUGAGGAUUCCCGUUCCUGCCCUGCAUUAUCCUGUCUUAAAGUGCACAUGCUUUGCUCUGCAUUUCAAACUAAAGUAGAUCAAAUUUAAGAUUUGAUCUCAGAGCGGGAAAAAGAAGAAAAAAUGGAGCCCUAAAAAGACAUUUGUCACCUUUCCAUUGUAAUUCUUAUUUUGACUUUUGAUGUCAAUUUCGGAUGUUCACAAAAAAAAGUUAAUGAGAUCAUUUCGCAUAAGGAGUCCUGUGUUUUUGCACUUUCAAAUGAAAAUGUUAAAAAACUACAAAAGCAUAUUGUGCAGUAUCGCUCACCAGCAUAUUUAUCCAAAUUAAGACGUAGUCCUCCAUACGUCCAGUUUCCAUGAUGUGAAGUAUGAAAUGAUGACUUC